AUGUUAUUCUCCCAUAAUAUUCGAUAUAUUUUAUUAUAUAUUAUAGUAGAACUAUUAAAAAUAAAUUGUGUUCUAUCGAUUUGGCCAUCUUCUAAUAGUUCUAAUAUAUACUUAUUAGGACUUUUUUAUGAAAAACCAAAUGGAUCCAACAGUAACAGUAUACCUAUUCAAAGUCGAGCUAUGUUUAAAGCAGCAGUAUUACUUUCAAAUAGAUAUAAUAUAAAAAUCAAUGGAAAUUUAAUCGGAUGGCAAUCAGAACAAUCAACUGGAAAUCUAGUAGAUUCAUUAAGUGAUACAUGUCGUUCAGUAUCUCAAUCAAAUAUAGUUGGUAUAAUUGGUCCAGAAUUAUCAAGAGAAGCAGUUAUAAUAUCUCCGGUUGGUCAAUCUCUUGGUAUACCAGUUAUAGCAUAUAGUGCAACCAGUCCUGAUUUAUCUGAUAAAAUUGCCUAUCCAAAUUUUUACCGAACAGUUCCGCCAGAUAAUACAGCUGCAAAAGCUCUUAUUACCCUAUUCAAUAGAUAUGAUUGGACAUCAUGUGUAAUAAUUUAUCAAAAUGAUGCAUUUGGAUCUGGUGGAUCAAAAGCUAUAAGUGAUGCAUUUUAUAGAAGUGGAUUGACGAUAACACAAAUGAUUCUAUUUGAUAUAGCAAAACGUAGUUUUCGUGUUGAUUUAAAAAAUACUUUAAUGAAUUCUCCAACACGAAUUAUUAUAGUAUGGGCUGAAACAGUUUAUACAUAUAUUAUAUUAGAAGAAGCGCUUCAAGCUAAUGUUGUUGGUCCACAUUUUACAUGGAUAUUAAGUUCUCAUGUAUCACUAAAUUCUUUCAAUAUAGCAUAUAAAGAUAAUUUAAUUGGAAUGAUUCUAAUUGAACCAACUGUUGGAUCAGUUAUAAAUGCUCCAUACAAUAUGACAUUAUUAAAUGAAGCAUAUAAAAUUUGGCAAGAAUAUGAAAAUGAAACAUAUCCUGAACCGAAAAAUGUUGACUAUUAUGCAUUAUUUGCAUUUGAUGCAACAUGGUCAUUAAUUAAAUCAUUAGAAGCAUUAUGUUCAUCAACAAUAAAUAAUGCUUCUUCUUCAUGUUUAUCAUUCAAUUCAUCUUCAUUUUGUUACGAUAGUCGUUUUAUUCAAUCUAAUUUAUUAUUAAAUCAACUUGAUAAAACUAAUUUUCUUGGCGUUUCUGGUCCUGUUCAAUUUGGUGAAAAUCAAACAGAUCGAAUAAGUGGUUCAUAUUAUUCAAUAAAAAAUGUUCAAUCAUCUGUAUAUGGUUUAAAUUAUGUAUUUGUAUUAGAAUAUUCUGACCCUGGUAAUUUGAGAGUACCUUUACAAGAAAAUACAAUUAUAUGGCCAGGGAAUACAUUAAUGCCACCUACAGAUCGAGCUAGUCUUAAAGGUGUUACCUUAAGAGUUGGUAUUAUUCAAUCAGUUCCAUAUACAAUAGUUCAAAAAACAACAGAUUCAAACGGACAAACUACACUAGAAUAUAUUGGUUUUAUACCAGAUUUAAUUGAACGAUUAAAAACAGAUAUUGGAUUUAAUCCAAUUCUCCAACUAGCACCAUCAAAUCAAAGUUAUGAUGGGUUAGUUGAAACAGUAAAUAAAGGUGUUAAUGAUAUAGCUAUUGGUGAUAUUACUGUUAAUUCAAAAAGAAGAAAAUUAGUUGGAUUUUCUAAUGCUAUAUCUGAGACUUCAUUACGUCUUAUUAUUAGAAAUACUCCGGAUGCCAAUGUUGAUCUUUUCGGAUUUUUAAAACCAUUUUCAGUUAAGCUAUGGAUAUUAAUUUUAGCUACUUGUAUUUCUUCGGGGAUUUUAAUGUGUAUUAUUGAAAGAAAAGAUAAUGAAAAUUUAACAGAUCGAUCAGUAUCAUCUCAGUUAACAUUGAGUAUAUGGUAUUCUUUUGCUAAUAUGGUUGGAUAUGGAGCAGAUUUUGCUGCUAGUAAUGCUGCUGGACGCCUUUUAACUAGUGGUUUAUAUAUAUUAAGUUUAAUAAUAGUUGCAUCAUAUACAGCUAAUUUAGCAUCUAACUUAACAUUAGCUAAAUCGCGAUUCGUUAUAUCUGAUAUUAAUGAUCUUAAGAGUGGAAAAAUACCAUCUAGUCGUAUUGGUGUUCGUGUAGGUACAGUUGGUGAAGCUUAUUAUUUAUCUCAUAUAUCUGGUGGAAAUAAAAACUUUUAUCCAUUAACAACCCGACAAAGUUUAUAUGAUAGUCUACUUGCUGGUAUUAUUGAUGUAUCAUUUAUAGAUGAGGGAAUAGGUAUAUAUGUAAUCAAUAAUGUUUAUUGUAAUUUAACUUUAGUUGGAGCUGGUUUUGAUACAGGAGUUUUUGGUAUUGCUACUCCUAAACAAUGGUUAUAUGCACAAGAUUUAGAUGUUACUCUAUUAUCAUUGAAAGAAACAGGUUAUAUAGAUGAUUUAAUACAGAAAUGGUUUGCAGUAAGAAAUUGUCCAGAUUCAGAAACAACAACAUCAAAUGCUAUGGAUAUUGAACCUGUUAGUGGUAUAUUUAUUAUUUAUGCAGUUAUUUGUAUUUUAUCCAUAGUUUUAUUUCUAUGGAUUAAAAGAUUUCGUGUUAAAGAUGUUUUAUUUAAAUCAAAAUCAAGAAAAAAGUUUCAAAAUAAAAGAAAAGAUUCAACGAAAACAAAUGCAGAGGAAAAUUCUCAACAAGGAAAAAAUCACCAAAUGGCUUUACAAAUUUCUACAUAUUUUUAG